AUGCGCCUACAUCCAACCUUCGCUCUCCAGCUAUUUGCUGGCGGAGGGCUUCAGCAACACGCUGACAAGGGUCCCAAACAAGCUCAUACAGGGGAUCAGAUUGGUCGAGUAGCCUCGGGUGCCUGGCCCCCAAGCCUCGGGUGCCUGGCCCCCAAGCCUCGGGUGCCUGGCCCCCAAGCCUCGGGUGCCCGCCCCAAGCCUCCGGUGCCUGGCCCCCAAGCCUCGGGUGCCUGGCCCCCAAGCCUCGGGUGCCUGGCCCCCAAGCCUCGGGUGCCUGGCCCCCAAGCCUCGGGUGCCCGCCCCAAGCCUCCGGUGCCUGGCCCCCAAGCCUCGGGUGCCUGGCCCCCAAGCCUCGGGUGCCCGCCCCAAGCCUCGGGUGCCUGGCCCCCAAGCCUCGGGUGCCUGGCCCCCAAGCCUCGGGUGCCUGGCCCCCAAGCCUCGGGUGCCCGGCCCCCAAGCCUCGGGUGCCUGGCCCCCAAGCCUCGGGUGCCCGGCCCCCAAGCCUCGGGUGCCUGGCCCCCAAGCCUCGGGUGCCUGGCCCCCAAGCCUCGGGUGCCCGGCCCCCACGCCUCGGGUGCCUGGCCCCCAAGCCUCGGGUGCCUGGCCCCCAAGCCUCGGGUGCCUGGCCCCCAAGCCUCGGGUGCCUGGCCCCCAAGCCUCGGGUGCCUGGCCCCCAAGCCUCGGGUGCCUGGCCCCCAAGCCUCGGGUGCCUGGCCCCCAAGCCUCGGGUGCCUGGCCCCAAGCCUCGGGUGCCUGGCCCCAAGCCUCGGGUGCCUGGCCAAGCCUCGGGUGCCUGGCCCCAAGCCUCGGGUGCCUGGCCCCCAAGCCUCGGGUGCCUGGCCCCCAAGCCUCGGGUGCCUGGCCCCCAAGCCUCGGGUGCCUGGCCCCCAAGCCUCGGGUGCCUGGCCAAGCCUCGGGUGCCUGGCCCCAAGCCUCGGGUGCCUGGCCCCAAGCCUCGGGUGCCUGGCCAAGCCUCGGGUGCCUGGCCAAGCCUCGGGUGCCUGGCCAAGCCUCGGGUGCCUGGCCAAGCCUCGGGUGCCUGGCCAAGCCUCGGGUGCCUGGCCAAGCCUCGGGUGCCUGGCCAAGCCUCGGGUGCCUGGCCCCAAGCCUCGGGUGCCUGGCCCCAAGCCUCGGGUGCCUGGCCAAGCCUCGGGUGCCUGGCCAAGCCUCGGGUGCCUGGCCAAGCCUCGGGUGCCUGGCCCCAAGCCUCGGGUGCCUGGCCCCCAAGCCUCGGGUGCCUGGCCCCCAAGCCUCGGGUGCCUGGCCCCCAAGCCUCGGGUGCCUGGCCCCCAAGCCUCGGGUGCCUGGCCCCAAGCCUCGGGUGCCUGGCCAAGCCUCGGGUGCCUGGCCCCCAAGCCUCGGGUGCCUGGCCCCCAAGCCUCGGGUGCCUGGCCCCCAAGCCUCGGGUGCCUGGCCCCCAAGCCUCGGGUGCCUGGCCCCCAAGCCUCGGGUGCCUGGCCCCCAAGCCUCGGGUGCCUGGCCCCCAAGCCUCGGGUGCCUGGCCCCCAAGCCUCGGGUGCCUGGCCCCCAAGCCUCGGGUGCCUGGCCAAGCCUGGCCGUCCGUCCUGA